AUGAGUUCCACUUAUGCUGAUGCACUCUGGCCCUUGAUCCCUGAAAACAUCUCGACUACAGCUGCACCCGUCAUUAGCAACGCCAAAGCCAUCGCAUGCGACGUGUCCUCAUUCUGGUCCAAUAAAUUGUAUCACCACCUAUUUGGUCCUUCGAAUCCAAAAGCGUAUUACAAUCAUCUUUUGCAAGUGGCGACCAACUAUGAGCAGUGGGCUGAAGCAGCUUCUUUGCUGGAUGAUCUUGAAGGUCUUGAUGCCUGGAAGCAGGAUCCACGUUCUCCAGACUAUGAUUGGGAAUUGGUUCAGACUCGACUUCAUCAAUUACAACGCGUUCGUGAGACCACACAGAGUCAAUCAGCCAUGAUCUUCGCCUUGCGUACAAGCCUGGGUAGAAACUUAGGAGAUAUUGGCAAUCCAAAGCUCUACUCGCAUACGCGGAUUGGGACCAAGGCAUUGAUAUCAUCGUACAUUGAAGAGGUGGUCCGACAACUCAAUUGGAUAUGUGAUGAGCCUUCGCCUGAAUUAGGCUUGAGAGCAAAACACGAGUUUUUCAUGACGAUUCGACAAAGCUUUGGACGCACGGCCUUACUUCUCAGUGGUGGUGGUACUCUAGGCUUGAAUCAUCUAGGUGUAUUGAAAUGCUUGCACAGUGCUCGUCUGUUACCACGUAUCAUAUCAGGUGCUUCAAGUGGGAGUAUCAUGGCAGCAAUGUUAUGCACUAAAACGGAUGAAGAGAUUCCUCACUUGUUCAAUCCAGCCGGUAUCCAAUUGGAUGUAUUCGAGAGGAAAGGCCAACCGGAUACGCCGAUCAUGCGUAUUCAUCGAUUAUUAUCCAAAGGUCAAUUAUAUGAUGCCGAAAUCCUGCAAGAUGCCAUGCGAAGCAACUUGGGUGACAUCACGUUUCAAGAAGCCUUCAACAGAACAAGAUGGAUUCUCAACAUCACUGUGAGCUCAUCCACAGUAUAUGACAUGCCGCGUCUGCUAAACUAUUUAACCGCACCGGAUGUGCUUAUCUGGUCAGCAGUUGCAGUCUCCUGCUCUGUGCCCGUUUUUUACGGGUCAUCAAAGCUGUAUGCGAAAGACAAGAAUGGCAACAUUGUCCCUUGGAACCCGAAUGAUCAACUUUAUAUCGAUGGAUCAGUAGACAACGACUUACCAAUGAAUAAGCUAUCGGAGCUAUUCAACGUCAACCACUUCAUUGUUUGUCAAGUGAAUCCCCAUGUUAUUCCGUUUUUGCAAAAAUCCAGUGCACCCUCACGAACGCGCAAGGCAGCCAAUUUCUGUAUGCACAUGGCAAAGAUGGAGAUGCAGCAUCGUUGUACACAAUUGACCGAGCUUGGUGUCGCACCUUCAUUCUUCAACAAGGUCCAAUCAAUCAUGUCCCAAAAAUACUCAGGCGAUAUCACUAUUAUACCCGACAUUGGCUACGGUGACUUCCUCAAAGUGCUAUCCAAUCCCACCGAUGAAUCUGUUAUUGAAGCUAUUAUUCGUGGUGAGCAAGCAACAUGGCCAAAAAUAUCCAUUAUCAGGAAUCACCUGCAAAUCGAAUUGACCAUUGAUGCCAUCCUCUAUCGACUACGAUUGAAGCGCCUGGCUGAGUUACCAUAUAACCCCAGCACAAGUACUCCUCUCAGUUCCACUCGUCCUGCACUUGAGAAUCGCGCUGCGUCUCAUUUGGAUAUCCCACGAGCAAGAAUUACACCCGUGGUCAAGGAAGAAGAGCAACGUCGGUCAUUAGAAAUGGAACGUGAAAGGAGAUCCACCAAGAGAGGGCUGGCGAUGACAGCGACAAGUAAAGAUUAG